AUGACUUUUCAAAAAAAAUAAAAAUAAAAAAUAAAAAAUUGUACUAAAACACAAAACGUCAAAAAAGACGUUUUGUGCAUUUCAAGUACAAAAUACAGAAAAAUUGAAAACACGCGAAAAAACCCCUUUUCCAUUAUAGCACGUGAGAGCAUAGAACCAACCAAGACCCGCUACCUUCUUCCUCAACAAUCGACCAUCACCCGCCACCUAGAACACUAGAUUUCACAACCAUUCAAACCCCCUCACCUUCCUUUUCAACCUCGUGUCACCACCUGGCCACGGAGUUGCCCAAAACAACCCCAAUCACCACCCAAAACCGUGCUACCAGUCACAAUUUUCACCAUAUUUCCACCACCGUCGGCCAGCAUUUUGAGCGCGGAUCAUCACUCCACUCCUCUCAACCAGGCGCAUCUAGUAGCACCAUAGGUCACCUGCAAUUUUGUCUAGAUGUUGAGAAGAAGUUUUUGCAUCUAUGUUAGCAAAAAGAGGAGUCUGCAAACUGAGCAAAUUUAAGUUCAUUGAUGAGCUAAAUUCACAAAUUGAGCAGAUCCAUGCUUUGCAGCUAAAAUUGUCUACCGAGAUGAAGGAAGAGGGUUAUGUGCCAGAGACCAUUGUAGUACUCUAUGAUCUCAAUAGCGAGGAGAAAGAACGAAUAGUAUUGGGCCAUAGUGAAAAGCUAGCAGUUGCAUUUGGGCUAAUAAAUUGCAGCAAAGGGGAAACUAUCAGAAUAACCAAGAAUCUGAGAUUAUGUGAGACUCUCAUUCUUUCACCGAAUUCAUUUCCAAGCUUGUGAGUAUGGAUAUUUUGGUUCGAGAUAUGUAACUUUCACCACUUCAGAAACAGGGAAUGCUCGUGGGGAUUAUUGGUAACUGAUGUGCAGAAUUUCAAUCUAGUCUUUGCUUAUCAUAAUGGUCAUCUAAGGGAUUCUCCAAGAGCUGUUAAGCACUUCAUACACGUACAGGUUAGGUAAGAUAUUCAGCCAUUUCACAUAUACGACCUCCAAAAGUGUUUAUGCAUUGAGGUUUUUACUUUUGAAAUUUUAGAGACGAGCAUGCCCUUGAUCUAGUAAUACAAAUGUUUACAAAAAGUACUAAUUAAAGAGCGCAAAAUAUAUAUUUACAACUUAGUUCAGCUGCAUACAAUAAAUUGAACUGAUAGGAAUUUCUCUUCAUCUGAUUUAUCAUCUAUCUCCAAUGUAUUAAUAUAAUUGUAUGCUGAAGCUUGGAAAAGAAUCCUCAAGCAAUCUGCCUACUUUGU